CCCCUGAGUUCCUUAUUUCUUCUUCCUUUUCCGCUUCCGUCGCGGCCGCCAAAUCGUCCUUCAGCUCCACCGGGCCUCACCCCGCUGUUCUUCCGCCGUGUCCCGCCGGGCUGCGGCUGCCUGAGGGCGGCGGGAGGAUCUGAGGGGAGGCCGCGCUGGAGAGGACAAGAUGGAGGUAAAAGAUGCAAAUGCCGCAUUGCUGAGCAACUUUGAGUUGCAGUUCCACUGGCAAAGCCGACGUUCUGUGAAUUGAAGUGAUGCGUUGCACACAAAGAUGUUCCAUCCCUGCAGCUCUUCUGUGUACCAGUUACUUACUGAUCUCAAGCAGCAGCGUAAAGAGAGUGGCAAAACCAAGCAGAGCUCUGGGCAGCAGAAUCUGAACACAAUCAUGUAUGAGACACUGAAGUACAUUUCAAAAACACCCUGCAAGUACCAGAGUCCUGAGACUGUCAGGGAGUUCCUGGUAGCAAUGAAAGACCAUAAAUUAACCAAGGCAGAAAAGCUGCAGCUGCUGAACCACAGGCCUGUGACUGCAGUGGAAAUCCAGCUGAUGGUGGAAGAAAGCGAGGAGAGGCUGACAGAGGAGCAGAUCGAGUCCCUCCUCCAGACAGUCACCAACAUCCUGCCAGGAGAUCCAGAGGAGCAGCAGAGAGACUCAGCAAUGGCAACAGAAGACAAAGGAGAUGGACCCUCCUCAUUCUUGGAACAGAGAAAGUGGCACCGAGUGGCUCUGGGGGUGCAAGAAAGUGCCCCAGACCAGGACAGGAAUGAGCAACACACGCUGAGCUCCAAAAUGUCAUGGGUGGACAAAAGACAAGUGAGGUUUGGAGAAAUGUGCAGAACAGGCACCUUGGAUGUUCUGCAAGCAUCAUCCCAGUCCCCAUCUGGAUGCACUGGUCCCUUAUCCUGUGGGGAAAUUGGGACAGGACUCACCUUCCUGGGGUUUGGCUGAGCCCAGGCAGCUCUGGAGCCCUUCCAGCCUCACCAGCUGCAGUGUUAAAUCUCAAUCCUCUGUAUCAUCUGCUGCUUUUUUAAUACUCUUCAAAUUCAUCUGCAUUUUCCCUCUUGUGUGGUUCCUGGAUUUCCUAACACAAAGCCCUGGCUCGGGGGUGCAGCAGCCGUGAUGGGGGGAGGGAAAAGGAAGGACUGGAAACACCCACACAAAACCUGAUGGGAUCCAGCUCUUCCUCCCUGCAGGUUUUCUCCUUCAUCACCCAGAAACCCCCCCAAAAGCUGCUGCUUCCCCCUGCCCACGCUGGAUGAGCAGGCUGGGAGAUGGAAAUGGGCUAAUCCAGGCCAAUUUAAACAUUAUCCCUUUUCCUCUUCAGCAUCCUGCCUCCAGGCAUGGGCUCAGCAGGAAGUUGCCUCUUUCCCACCCCCAUGGGCUGCUCCACGUGGGACAGGACUCCCUGUCCUGUGUCACCAGCUCAGGUGAGACUUAGCAGCUGAAGCCAAGUGGAAAAGCAGCUCAAACCACUGGAAAUGGCCCUAAAUCCUCCUGCUGCUCCCCAAAGCUGCUGGAGGGUCUCCAUGGGUAACCCUGUGCUGCUGGAGUUGUCACCCUUGGAACCCAGCAGGUUUAGUGGGAUGGGAUGUGCAGGUUUUCACCCCAAACCCGUGACUGACUCUCCAAACGCUGCUUCUUCCUCUUUGGGUUUUGAGUUUUUCCCAGCCCUUUCCCCCUGCUUUUCCACUGCUCUGGAGCUGAAAUCUUCCCUCCAGUGCCAGCUGAGCUGGUUGGAGCAGGCCAGGAGCAGAGACUCCAAUGAAAACCACAAUAUUUUGGGAGCAGUGGUGAGGCAGGGAGAGUCGGAGGGAGCCUUUGGAUUGAGCAUUUUCUGCUGGGGCCUCAGCAGAGCCCAGGAGUUAAUCACUCAAAUAUGCUUAUGUGUAACUAAUCUCUGCAGGACAAUGAGCUGAGGAAUUGUUGAAUGCAACUGAAAUGGGGCAGAGUGGUUGCUAUAAAAAGGAUGUCCCGAGCCAAUGGGAGCCAGCAGGCUCCUAUAAAAGCGGGUGGGGAAGGAAAAGCAGCUGGUGGGAAGAGAUCCCCAAAAAUCCCAAAGCGUGUCCUGAGCUGCCUCUGCUUGGGCAGAGAUCCUCCUGAGCUGCUGGAAAUCAGGCUGAGCCCUUCUCCCAGCACCUCUGGGGUCAGCGGAUGCCGCGGGAAGGGCGGGAUCUGCCCGGAAUCACCUGGUGGAGCCUAAAAAGAUGAAAUCCAGCAGUGCUGUAAGUUGGGCUUGGAUUUUGGGGUCACUGGGAUGCUAUUCCAGGAGCUGGGUGGGAUCUGUGGAAGUGGAAGCCUGGGUGAGGCUGAAUUUUGGGAGCUGUGAGGGUGUUGAGCAGAGUUAUCCCACGGGAUAUCCAUGGAGCAGGUGCUGCUGCCGGGGCCUUGCAGCAGGAAUCGGGAGAUGGGGAAAGGGAUGGGAGUGGAUUUUAGUGGAUUUAGGGAUUAGCUCAGCUGGGCUGACCCCAAUGACCAUUUCAGGGCCUGUCCUGCACACUCAUCCCUUGGCUCCCAGCCUUCCCACCAGCCGGUUCUGGUUUUAUCCCUGAUGUUGUUUGGAGCCUCACGGGUUCCUUGCUCCGGGUGCUGUUGGUGACCUCAGCACUGGCCAAGCUGGCAGGAGAAAAUUCCUCCUGGAGCUUUCUGCCAGCCUUCAAAUCCCCCAAAGAGGUGUUAAGUGCAGCUAUUUCUAGUGCCAGGGCACAGAUAUUUAUUCCUGUGGUGAUGCCACUGCCAAUCCUUCAAAAGGCUGGAAAUCCCAACAUAUCCAGGCGUCACGUUCUUCCUGCUGCUCUUUUUUUCUCCAGGCUUUUAGUUUAAUAAUAUUUUAUCUGUCUCUUUUUAUGACUUUUCUGCCUUUUGUCCCAUUUGAAGCCACAAAGAGAUAAUUUACACCAACUUCCCCCAUGAAAUCAGCCUUCAGCCCCUUGUUUGUCCUUGCAAAUCAGCAAAUGGGUGUGAGGAGUUUUGGAUGGGAUCAUCCCUGCCCCAGCCAGCUGCUCUCCCAUCCAGAAAACGAAGAGCACAGCCUGUUUCCUGUUAAAUCUUGCUGCUUGCAUUGGUUUACAUUGUUUGUCUGAUGUUUUACAGCUUCCAAGCUGAUGUUGCAUUAAAGCUGGCUGGAGCUGAGGCAAGAAAUCAGAUGCAGGCACUGGCAGGGUUCCCCAAAUGCAUUCAUGAGGGUUGAUCCCACAGUCACAUUUUCUCAAUCCCUGCAGGAAUCAUGUCCUGGCCAAGGCUCCAAAAGGUGCUUUUGGGACAGUUUGGGAGUUUUAAUUGCAGGGCAGGUGGUGGAGGGGUGGUGCCUGCUCCUCCUCUAGCCAGGUUUGGUGGCUCUGGGGUGGCUCUUGAGUUUCUCUUGACCCCUGAGCUUUGUUUUCAGUUUCUCUUCCUUGCUGUCCUGUUGAGGAGGGGAGUGAGGGAGACUAGGUGGGCACCAACAUAGGCUUGGGCAGAAUUUUUUAUUAUCUUUAUAUAAAUAAAAAUAUAUUUAUAUAUUUAUAUUUUAUUUAUUUAUGUGUGUGUUCGUAGACUAGGAUAGACAAUUAUAGAAUAGAUGGAGUUUAAAGGAGUCCCUAGGGAUCAUCGAGUCCAAUUCCCUGCUCUUCACCCCUACCUGAAGUUAACCAUGUGAGUAGGAGAAUCCAGAUGCCCCUUGAACUCUGAUCAGCUCCCUUUCCAACCUCUUCCAGAGCAUUUUAUGUGGAUAUUAUGGAUAUAAAAAGGUGUUUUAAGCAGAGCAGGAUGGGUCUCUCAUGCCCUUUCACAGGACAGGGCUGAUGUGGGGUGGCAGAUCCAGAUCCUCCGUGGUUUGGUGCUGUUGUCCUUGCUGGAUGCAUUCCCAAAAAACCUCAAAACACUAAAUCCAGCUGCUUUCCAUCCAUCCCAGGUUAGCCAGAGGCUUCCUGAAGGGCAAGGCAAGGAUUUCUGCCUAAAGGAGCAAAAGGUUUUUGGAAUCCAAAGCUCUAAUCUGGGGGCAGAAGCUUCUUGCUGGCUACAGGAGUGCAGAAAGUUUUUUCUGUGGCUUUAGGAGCACCAGCAGGUGCUGCCUGGGGAGUUCUGCCCAUUGUGGGUCAAUUCUGGCAGGGAAAGUCUGGCUUUAAUAAGAAAACAAGAAAUAGAAUAUUCCCAUAAGGACUAAAUGCAAGAGAAUGGGCAGAAUUUAUUAAUAGGGGAUACACCAAACAAAUCCAGCAGGAUCCCAUGGGAAUGGGUCUGAGGUUGUUAACUAUAAAUAUGUUUGUUUGGGGAUAUUUGGGAAUGAUGGAGAGUUUUAAAACCAGGAUGGGCUGAGAAAUUCCUGAUUUUGCCAUUUCUGUGUCUUUUCUCUCCUCUGGAAAAUUCCUGUAUUGAUGGCUGCACUCUUUUUUGAUUUAAAAGAGUUAUUUCAGGUGGGUAAAUUCAUUAUUUGCCUCUGCUGGGGGAAUUUGAGGGUUCUUGAGGGGAAAAAAUGGAAUUUCUUUCUUUGCAUAAAAGGGAAGAGCUUCAACAGAUUAUUUUUUUCAAUGCAUUUCAUCCUUCUCUGUGCUGCUUUUUUAAUUUGACAUCUGUUUUUCAGUUGAGGGGGAUGUUUUCCAGUGGUUGGGGAUGGAGAGGAAGGAGGUCUAGAUUUGUAUUUUGUCUUCAAUGAAUUUAUAUGAAUUAUUUAGGAUUAUUUUAUUUAUUUUUUUUGAGAGUGAAGAUUUCAGAUUGGGAUUCUCCCCUUGAAUCUCCCCAUUCCCAGACUGAGGUGCUUCCUGAAUUUUCAGCAGCACCUCAGGAGAAACAUUAAAUACUGGGGUCACAUUCUAAAAAGCCACUGAAAAAAUAAAUGAGCAUUGGAAUCUGAACAAGAAGAGAGAGCUCUGGAAAAGGCAGAACUCUCCAGAUUUUCUCUCAGAUUUUGGCCCAGGGGCUUCACCCCUUUCACUCAAGACCUGAAGAUGCCAACUUUGGAAUUACAAAAAUGUGUCCAAAGCAAGGUUUUUUAAGCAAUAUCCUGGGCUGAGCUGUUCACCCACUGCAAACAGGGAAAAUCCUGCCAGGAUGGGGUUUUGGAUCCACCAAAUGGCCCCAAAGGCAAUGGGAUUUUAUUUGUUGUUUUUUUAGGGAAUCACAUCAGUCUCCUUAUCUGCUCCCAAACUCCCAACUCGGUGGCUGAACGGAGACUUUGUGACAAGUCCAUGGCAGUCCCUGUGGAGGGAGAAUUGGGGGUUAAUUCAGUUCCUUGUAGAUGGCAAAUCAAGCUCAGGCCUGCAGGAGGCAGGGAAUGGUGCAAAUACCUCUGGAACCAGGAGCCACACUGGGGAUGGGAUUGAAAUUCUGCCUUGUCUCCUCUUUAACUGUGGAAAUUUCAACUCCCCUCCUAAGAACCUCACAGAACAGGGCUGCACCAUCCCAUCAUUAAUGAUCUUCCUUCAGAGUUUUGAUGCUGUGUCUUUGGCAGUGAGGUUUUUAAUUUUAUUAUUUAGAUGCUGGGGUUUGUGAGCUGCUGUCAUUUCCUUGUGCCAUUUUCAGCGUGGACGAGAUCAUUCCUGGAUGACCUCUUUAUUAAUGAGCUGAUGGAUAUUUAUCUCAUUAGGAGGCCAGUGUGCUAAAGCUUUACAAACUCAGGCCUUAAUCUUGCCAACCACCGGGAAUUUUCAGCCAUUUAAACCUCACAGGAUAAGAAAUAAGAAAUCCCUCUUCUCUUAAUAAGGGUCAACUGAGAGCAUCACACAUCACCCAAAGCCUUCAGUGGUGACUUUAUAAAAACUCCAGCUUAGGCAGUCUCUGUGAUACUGAUUUGGGGGUUUUUUAGGGUUUUUUUUUCAGGAAAGCCUAAAGAAGGGGAAGGAAUUAGGCAAUGGGUUAUUCUGGGAUGUCCCCGUGCCGGAGAUGAUCUCUCCUCCCGCACGUCCUCGUGCCACAUCAGCAGCUGUCUGUGAGCCAAGGACACGGGGAGAUGCCUAUGGCUGGAAAAACAGCUCCUUCUGUAUUUAUUGGACUUUCUACCAGCUGGAAAAUCCCAAAGAUCUGCACCUCCCAGGGCUCCUGCAGCUGGGGAAAAUAAUCUUCCCGUGAAAUAAAUCCGUGUGAUGCCUGAAAUGCCUGGCCCGUGAUGAGGGCGGCAUGGAGAUGUUCCUACCCCCAUAAUUAUUUCUCCAGACACGUGGCAAGGUCAGUUCAUGGCUGUCCCAUCUAGAAACCAGCAGGGAUCAGGCAGAGGUGGAUAAUAUGGAGCUAUUUGUCAGAAAAUGCUGCUUUUUUGGGUUGGAGCAAAAAUCACCUUGGUCCUCUCUGAGCCACGAGUGGGUGAAGGUCAGGUUGUAAAAAUAAAGUCCUUAUUCUCCUGACUUGGAUAGCCUGAAAUGGUGCUUGCAGCAGGAAAAUCCUGCUUGGGGAUGGAGCAGGAGCCAGGGAUCCCUGCCAGGGAAUCCAGGGAAAAGCUGGAGGUUGAGAUGCUGUCAGGUUUGCACGAGGGUGAUGCUGUGCCUGCAGUUUGGGAGGAUCCCUGUGCUGGCAGCUGAGGGAUUUUGGUGGCAAUCACUGGGAAUGGCAUUUCUGCUCCCACAGGGAUUCCCAUGGCUUGGUUUGGGUGGCUUUGGACCAAGGGCAAGACUCUGCACGGGCAGACUCUGCACAGGCACUGCCAUCGCUACACGAGAGCCAGAAAAAUCUCAGUAGCAGGGAAAGGCAAUAAAAAUGAGUGUUCCUGUGGGAACAGCUGAGCCAGACAUGAACAUCCUUCCAAGCCAAUGUCCUGGCUGAGUGUGUGGCUGACAGGUUUGCUCUGCUCCCAAAAUCAUCUGUGUGAGGCUCAAGGCGGGAUCUGGGUGCAGGAACACCUGACUCUCCUGGGGUGCAGCAAAAUGUCAUCAGCUUCUUGUCUUGUGGGGCCUGUUUUCCCUGAAGUCAAAGGCUUGUGGACACAGUCCUUGGAUUUUCUCCUCCUCUGGGAAUUUUAAGUCUUUGCUGAAUGUCCAGGUUGGGUUUUUUUGGCUCAGCCUGCCCUUGCAGACUGUGCUGGGGUCCAUCUGUGGUGCUGGGUGCCAGCUGCCCCCAUCCUGCAGCCAGGAGUGGCUUCUCCCCAUUCCCUAUCCUGCCUCAGGGCUCUGGGACCACCCUCAGCCCAGGGGCAUCUCAGAGCUGGGAUGUGGAGAAAGAUCCUGCCCUGGGAUCCAUGGGGGGUUUGAGGGCUGUGCUGAUGGAAUAAUUGGCAUUUUCCUUUGGCAGGAAGGUACCAAUCCCAUCAUUUUUCCCAUGGGUUUGUUCCUAUCCAUAAAUGCCCAGAUAACAGCACAUCCCUGCAUAUCCUUGGCUCAGCACAUCCCUGACACAGAGCCAAGGAAUCCCUUAGGGCUGCAGGCAGAGGGAAGGAUGCCCAGCACAGGGCACUCAGAGCUUGAGAUUUUGGAAUUUUACCCAAAAGCCAAAUGAAUUUCCACAGGACAAGCUGAAAUCCAGCCUUGCUGCUGUGUGUGCUUUAUCAUAUCCUCCAAAUUUCUCCCUUCAAUUCCUUCUGUAAAGGCUCCAAACUUCUACAAGGAGGUAACAGAGAUUUUUUUCCCCAGCUUUUUCAAACUCCCUUUAGUGACUUCAGAUAUGAAAACCACAAGCACUGAACUUCCUCCAGCUGCUUCUCCAUGAAGGAGAGAUCAGAGAUCCUCCUCAUGUGAGACAGAAAAUGGGAUUGUGCCAUUGCUGCCUGAGGUAUUUGAGGAAAAAUAAUCGUAUUUAAUAGUUCUGGCAAGAACAAGCCAGCAAGCAGGGGCUGCUGGAAUGAGCUGGACAGAGCCAGGGGGAAAUUCUUUGCAUUCUUGAGAUUGGGAGGUGGAAUUAAGGUAAAAUGCACCUGGAUUAGGGCCAGGCUAUCUGGAGUAGAAAGCUUUUAAAUAUCACACUGGACUUGAAUUCAGGAUUACUUUUGGAGUAGAGCUGAUUGCAGGAAAAGCUUUGGAUUGGGAGUCCAGGGGAGGGGAAAAAAGCCUCAUUUUGGCCUGUGAAUGUGCCAGACUCCAGCUGCAAGAGGUCAGGGCAGCAGUGCUGGGGCCUUUGCUGGCUCAGCAGCUCGGGUGAUGUGGCAGCAGAGAUGCUGCUCCCCAGGAGGGCCCUGGGGUGGUGCCUGGCAGCAAAACCUGUCCCUGCUGCAGGGGCUGGGACAGUCUGAGCUGGCUGAGGCUGUGCAGGGUGUGCCUGGCUCCUGCACUGCCCUGCACCAGGCAGUGAUGUCCAGCUGGGCUCUGCCAUGUGGGGAAAAGUCUGGUUGAUGCUGUGGCUCACAUCUGGAAAUGAGAUGGAGAAAAAAGCAUAAUUUAAGCUCCUAAAUAGCACCAGAACUGAGGGAUGCUCCUUCUUCCUCUGCCCUCCAGCAAUCCCAGACACAGCUGGAAUUGAGAGCAUGGGAGCAACCAUAAACCAUGACAUUGAUGAGGGAAAAUGGGGAAAAACAGCCAUCAGCACACACUUCUGCUCCUCCCAGAGCCCAGCAAACCCCAGAGUGUGACCCUGCAGGACCAUCCUGCUCCUCCUGGGCUCAUCCUUCAUCCCUGCAGAGCCCCAUCCAGGGGAACCAUUCCCAGCUUCCCAAAACACAGCAGGCACAGGCUGAUGUGAAUGUCCCGAUUCCCUCUGCCCUCCUCGGGGUGUUUAUCUGCACCAGCCAUCACUUGGUGCAGUAUUUCUGCAGCAUUUGCUGGGAUAUUUGAUCUGUAACUGCUGGCUGAGCAUUGAUUAAAGCAGAGCCCAGCGUGGGGCACCCUCUGCAUCCCGGAUUUCCAUCUGCUCCAUCCGGCAGCGCUCUUUUCCCCCUUUUCCCUCGGAGAACAGCGUUUCCUCCACCCCCGAGGCACAGUUCGAUUGGAAGGCUUUAAAAGGGACAAUCUGUGUGAGUCACAGUGAAAGCCAUAAAAGAAAAACCAAUAAAGCCAUCUGAAAAGUGCUGUUUAA